AGGGUCGCGCCCGCUGCUCCUCGCCUUCUGUUUGCUCCAAUUGGCCGCCGCGGGAGGGGGGGAUUGGCGGUCUCCAGGGCGACGGGAGGCGCUCGGGGCAUCCGAGGCGGGGAGGCGGGUCCGCCCCCUAUUGUGUAGCUGGAAGAGCGGAGCCGAGCUGAGCGGAGCAGAUCUGGUGAUGCUCCAGGGAGCAGCUUCCUCAGGUGUUACGAGAGCGAAGCCCUAACUGUCCAGAAGAGUGAGAGCUGACACCUGUUACCUGAUCAGAAGGGUUGGCAGGGCUUGCUGGGCUGUGGACAUCCUUGGGCCCCUCCAUCUGGGCCCCUGUGGAUAGGAGGGGCCGGGUGAGCAGGCAGCUGGGCUAUGGUUUGGUGCCUCAGUCUGGCCAUCCUCAGCCUGAUCAUCAGCCAGGGGGCUGACGGUCGAGGAAAGCCUGAGGUGGUAUCGGUGGUGGGCCGGGCUGGGGAGAGUGCAGUGCUGGGCUGUGACCUGCUGCCCUCGACUGGCCGGCCCCCACUGCACGUCAUCGAGUGGCUGCGUUUUGGGUUCCUGCUUCCCAUCUUCAUCAAGUUCGGCCUCUACUCUCCCCGAAUCGACCCUGAUUACGUGGGGCGAGUUCGCCUGCAGAAGGGGGCAUCUCUCCAGAUCGAAGGGCUCCGGGCCGAAGACCAGGGCUGGUACGAGUGCCGUGUGCUCUUCCUGGACCAGCACAGCCCCGAAGACGAUUCAGCCAACGGCUCCUGGGUGCACCUCACGGUCAAUUCGCCCCCUCAGUUCCUGGAGACGCCUCCCCAGGUGCUGGAAGUGCGGGAACUGGAGCCCAUCACCCUGCGCUGUGUGGCCCGCGGCAGCCCCCAGCCUCGCGUAACUUGGAAGCUCCGAGGACAGGACCUUGGCCAGGGCCAGGGUCCGGUGCAGGUGCGGAACGGGACGCUGUGGAUCCGGCGGGUGGAGCGAGGGAGCUCUGGGGUCUACAUCUGCCAAGCCUCCAGCACUGAGGGCAGUGCCACCCACGCCACCCAACUGCUGGUGCUAGGACCCCCAGUCAUCGUGGUGCCACCCAAGAACAGCACGGUCAAUGCCUCCCAGGAUGUUUCCUUGGCCUGCCGGGCUGAGGCGUACCCUGCUAACCUCACCUAUAGCUGGUUCCAGGACAGCAUCAAUGUCUUCCACAUUAGCCGCCUGCAGUCCCGAGUGCGAAUCCUGGUGGAUGGGAGCCUGCGGCUGCAAGCUGCCCAGCCUGAGGAUGCUGGCCGCUACACCUGCGUGCCCAGCAAUGGCCUCCCGCGCCCGCCCUCAGCCUCUGCCUACCUCACUGUGCUCUACCCAGCCCAGGUGACAGCGAUGCCUCCUGAGACGCCCCUGCCCGUAGGCAUGCGGGGGAUCAUCCGGUGCCCAGUUCGUGCCAACCCCCCACUGCUCUUUGUCAGCUGGACCAAGGAUGGGCAGGCCCUGCAUCUGGACAAGUUCCCCGGCUGGUCCCAGGGCCCAGAAGGCUCACUGAUCAUUGCCCUGGGGAAUGAGGAUGCCCUGGGAGAAUACUCCUGCACCCCCUACAACAGUUUCGGUACUGCAGGGCCCUCCCCAGUGACGCGUGUGCUACUCAAGGCUCCCCCAGCUUUUCUAGAACGGCCCAAGGAAGACUAUUUCCAAGAAGUAGGGCGGGAGCUCCUCAUCCCCUGCUCUGCCCGAGGAGACCCUCCUCCCACCAUCUCUUGGGCCAAGGUGGGCCGGGGGCUGCAGGGCCAGGCCCAGCUGGACAGCAACAGUAGCCUCAUCCUGCGACCAUUGACCAAGGAGGCCCACGGGCGCUGGGUGUGCACUGCCAGCAAUGCUGUGGCCCAAGUGGCCACCUCCACGAAUGUCUACGUGCUGGGCACCAGCCCCCACGUUGUCACCAAUGUGUCCGUGGUGCCUUUGCCCAAGGGUGCCAAUGUCUCCUGGGAGCCUGGCUUUGAUGGUGGCUACCUGCAGAGAUUCAGUGUCUGGUAUACCCCAUUGGCCAAACGUCCUGACCGAGCCCACCACGACUGGGUGUCCCUGGCGGUGCCCGUGGGGGCUGCUCACCUCCUAGUGCCUGGGCUGCAGCCCCAUACUCAGUACCAGUUCAGUGUCCUAGCUCAGAACAAGCUGGGGAGUGGGCCCUUCAGUGAAAUCGUCUUGUCCGCACCUGAAGGGCUUCCUACCACACCAACUGCCCCCAGGCUCCCCCCGACAGAGAUGCCGCCUCCCCUGUCCCCUCCCCGGGGUCUGGUGGCAGUGAGGACACCCCGGGGGGUACUCCUGCAUUGGGAUCCCCCAGAACUGGUCCCUGAGAGUCUGGAUGGCUACAUCCUGGAAGGACGGCAAAGCUCCCAGGGCUGGGAGGUGCUGGACCGGGCCGUGGCAGGCACGGAAAUGCACCUGCUGGUGCCAGGGCUCAUCAAGGAUGUUCUCUAUGAGUUCCGCCUUGUGGCCUUCGCCGGUAGCUAUGUCAGCGAUCCCAGCAACACGGCCAACGUCUCCACUUCCGGCCUGGAAGUCUACCCCUCGCGCACACAGCUGCCGGGCCUCCUGCCACAGCCCGUGCUGGCCGGCGUGGUGGGCGGGGUCUGCUUCCUGGGCGUGGCUGUUCUCGUGAGCGUCCUGGCCGCCUGCCUCAUGAACCGGCGCAGGGCUGCGCGCCGCCGCCGAAAACGCCUCCUCCGCCAAGAUCCACCUCUUAUCUUUUCUGGAAAGUCAGCUUCACACUCUGCUCCGGGCUCGGGCAGUCCUGACAGCGUGGUGAAGCUGAAGCUCCAGGGUUCCCCAGUCCCCAGCCUGCGCCAGAGUCUGCUCUGGGGGGAGCCUGCUGGACCCCCCAGCCCCCCUCCGGAUCCUCCACCUAGUCGGGGGCCGUUACCCCUGGAGCCCAUUUCCCGGGGACCAGAUGGGCGCUUUGUGAUGGGACCCAUUGUGGAGACGCCCCAAGAAAGGUCAGGCCCUGAGCGGGCGGAACCUCGGACCCCAGCCCGGCGGCAGGCCAGGUCCUAUGACUACAGCAGCAGCAGCCCCAGUGGGAUACCCCAGCCCCUCUGCAUUGCAGACAUCAGCCCUGUGGGGCCCCCUCCCGCAGCCCUGCCCAGUCCCCUGCCGGGUCCAGGACCCCUGCUCCAGUACCUGAGCCUGCCCUUCUUCCGGGAGAUGAAUGUGGAUGGGGACUGGCCCCCUUUCGAGGAGCCUGAUCCUGCUCCGCCCCCAGAUUACAUGGAUACCCGGCCCUGCCCCAUCUCAUCUCUCCUUCAACCCCUGGACUCCCCCACUGUGUCCCCCAGGGCAGCGCUUCCUGGGGCUGUUGUUGGGGUUGGCGCCACCCCAGAGCCUCCAUACACAGCACUGGCUGAUUGGACACUGAAGGAGCGGCUGCUGCCCAGCCUUCUCCCUGCUGCCCCUCGGGGCAGCCUCACAAGCCAGAGCAGUGGGCGGGGCAGCGCCUCCUUCCUUCGGCCCCCCUCCACGGCCCCCUCUGCAGGAGGCAGCUACCUCAGCCCUGCUCCAGGAGACACCAGCAGCUGGGCCAGUGGCCCUGAGAGGUGGCCCCGAAGGGAGCAUGUGGUCACAGUCAGCAAGAGGAGGAACACAUCUGUGGAUGAGAACUAUGAAUGGGACUCAGAAUUCCCUGGAGACAUGGAAUUGCUAGAGACUCUGCACCUGGGCUUGGCUGGCCCUCGACCGCGACUUGAAGCUGAGCCAGAGCUAGGUGCAAAGACUCCAGAGGAGGGUUGCCUCCUGAACACUGCCCAUGCUCCUGGCCCUGAGGCCCGAUGUGCUGCCCUUCGGGAGGAAUUCCUGGCCUUCCGCCGCCGCCGAGAUGCUGCUAGGGCCCGGCUACCAGCCUAUCGACAGCCAGUCCCCCACCCUGAACAGGCCACUCUGCUGUGAACACCCUAAUGUGAGGCAGGGUGAAGGCACACAGACCCUGCAGAGGAGCCCCAACAACACCCAACUCCAGCCUGGGACACUGCCACUGCCCCUUUGCACCCAGGCACAGGCCCCGCGGGUGGGCUUCGGAUGGGAUGUGUGUGCUGAGCCCCUAGAGCCUGGGGACUGGAACAGGGAUCUCAGGUCUGCCUCUGUGUGUGUGUGUGUGUGUGUGUGUGUGGCAUUUGUGGUGUGGGUGAGGUUUUUUACAGGUGAAUAAAGAAAGUCUGAAAAAUG